AUGCGGACUCCGGUGGUGAUGAUUCUGGGCAUGGUGUUCACGCCCUGCGGGCUGCUGCUCAAUCUCGUCAGUACGCUGACACCGGGCUGGCGGCUGAUGAAGGGCUAUCUGACUCAGCCAGUGGACGUGGUGCUGUACCAGGGUCUGUGGGACAUAUGUCGGGAACAGAGCAGUCGGGAGCGCGAGUGCGGCCAGCCCGAUGAGUUGAACUACUUUCAAACCCAGCUUGUGCAGGCGGCCCGGGGACUCAUGGUCACGUCACUGGCCAUCACCGCCCUGGGGCUGCUGCUGGCGUCGCUCGGGGUGCGCUGCUGGCAAGAUGAGCCCCACUUCGGACUAGCUGGCCUCUCGGGCAUCGUGCUUUUCGUCGCGGGCCUCUUCAGUCUCGUCCCAGUCUCCUGGUACAACCACUUCUUGGGGGACCGCAACGUCCUACCCGCUCCGGACAGCCCGGUCACCGUGCAAGUCAGCUAUAGCCUGGUGCUGGGCUAUCUAGGCAGUUGCUUGCUGCUGCUGGGCGGCUUCUCGCUGGCGCUCAGCUUUGCGCCUUGGUGCGAAGAGCGCUGUAGCCGCUGUCGCAAGGCGCCCCCCGCAGGCCCUCGCCGCAGCAGCAUCAGCACCGUCUAUGUGGACUGGCCGGAGCCCGCGCUCACACCAGCCAUCAAGUACUACAGCGAGGGCCAACAUCGGCCCCCUCCUGCCGCCGAGCAACGGGCCACCAGCAAGCUUAAGGUCGGAUUCCCGAUGCCACGGCCGCCACCCAAAACCUACACCAACCCAAUGGAUGUGCUUGACGGAGAAGAGAAGACAGCCACCUCCCAAGGCGGUUCUUCCUCUCGCAGUACUCGGCCCUGCCACAAUUCUCUGCCCUGCGACUCAGACUUGUAG